GCCCAAAAGUUUUAGCAUUGUUGUCCGCACCGUGGCGCUACUGUACGAUCGCCAUUUUUCUCAGAAAUUCCUCUUCGCGGUGAAAAAGUGUGAAAAAUCGAGUGAAAUAAUCCCAUCCGUCCCCAAAAAUCGAGUAAAUUGUGUCUCUACCGACCACAGUGGAAGAGUGCUCGCGAAAAUUGUGAGGUGAGUGAAUUGGAAAGUGGAUUAAAGUGAAGAUUUUCACCACGUUGCUCAUGCCAUCGUGACACACUUCCAUUUGACUAAUCCAUCAGGAGAAUCAGACAAAAAUAAAAUAGACCCUCAAUCUAGAAUUUCUGUCAGUUCUACCGAUCAGUAAACAAAUCAUUAGGAAAAGUGCACAAAACAGAGAAGAAAAAACAUCGGAAAAUAUCUAUCUAAUCCCAUUUAAUAGGGAAACAAUUAACCUAUCAAAAAGAUUUCCAAUCUGGGAUUUUCUUUUUUUCUUCAAAAUUUUGAGAGGUAGAAAAGGGAAACAAAGCUUGAGAGUGUUUGAGUGAAAAGUCAGAAAACGACGAAGAAGGUGAUCUCAUCAUCGUCUUCGUCGUGUUGCAGAAUUUCAAUUUUCCUUUGGGACAAACUCCUCAGAAGGAAAAGAGGAUUCCAGGAGAAGCUCUAGUAACCAGCGAAUUGAAAAAAAAAAUACACAAAAAGAAUAUUGAAAAACACAUUUAAAAGAGAGAGAGAAAAAAAGUCAAAUUUCUGAGAAAAUCAAGAGGCAAGGAAUAAGGAUUCAAGUGACCGGAAAAGGUGGAAGAAGCGCACAAUUAGUGGACUGAACAAAAAUAGAGAGAGAGAAAAAAGUGAGAGUGCACAGCAAAAGGAAUCUUUGGAGUUGUUGAGCGUUCGCCGGAGUGCAAAGUGGGCGUUUUGCUGAUGAGGAUUCCCUGGCAGCAUGAGCACACUGGGGGGAAGUAGGGGGGAGCGCCAUGCAAAGCCCAAAUUUACAGCAUUAGACAUCAACAGUUUGUACCGAACGAGUCGUGGUGAAUCUCUGGAACCAUCAACACAGAAGAAUACAGUACCCCGUAAACAUGGUAUGCAAAGUUUGGGAAAAGUGCCAUCGGCACGUCGGCCUCCCGCCAAUUUGCCGUCGCUGAAGGCAGAAACAUCGAGUCCGGGUGAGCAGCAGGGCACGUGGGGUGGUUCAGAGGCGUCAUCAGGUGGUGCGGGGGGUGUAUCAGGAGCGGCGGCAGGUCAGGUGGCCACAGGGGCACAGUCGCAGGUGCAGGUGAGCAAUCAAUUGCAGCAGCAGCAUCAGCAUCAGCAGCAGCAGCAGCAGCAGCAGCAGAUACCGGGUCAAUCGGGUGGGAAUCUGGUGCAGCAGCAUCAGCUGACAAAUAUACACGGAGGAGGAGGAGGCCCAAGUGGUUUGAGCAACAGCGCCAGCUCACAGCAGUCAUCGGGGGGUGCAACAACAUGGAGUUCAGUGACAACUGGUGGUCAGGAGGCUACGGCCAAUCAACCGCCACAUUAUCAGAGUCCGCAAUUUCAGCACGAGUUCCCCUCCCUGGAUGGAAGUACACCGAGUGGCAGCAAAGCCAGUCAGCACCAUCAUCAGCAGCAGAUGACACACCCAAUGAUGCAUCAGCAACAGAUCGGAGGUCCUGGUGGAGCAGGAAAUGUCCCAGAUGGUGGCAUGAGCUUGAGACCACAGACAGAUGCAGCCAGCUGGAUGCAACAACAGCAACAAGGUGGCGGAAACGGAAGCGGCGGAGCUGGACAGCAGAACUCCCAGCAGGGCCAGGGCCUCCAUCAAGUACCACCUCAGUUCCGCGCCCUCAUGCCACCCUUCAUGUAUCGCUCUGGCGGUGGCAGUGGCGCCGGCGGAGGCGGAUCAGCUGGUGGCGGCGGCGGCGGUGGCGGCUACUCUCAGCAACCACUAAAUCCAGCCAGACCAAGAUCCCAGCCAGGAGCACAAUCUCACUACGACGGCCCGCCGAUUCCCAUGCAGCAGCAGCAACAACAGCCACCGCCAGCUUAUCAAGGCGGCGGUGGAGGAGGUGGUCCACCACCUGGACAUCGCGGCCGAGGUCCACCACCGCGUGGAGGACGUCAGGAUGACCGACAGUCAUCAUUGCCGUACAUUGAGCCCGAGGUGGCCUUGCUGCAGAGGCCAAUAAUCAAAGAGGAGGAGUUGGAGCGCAUGGAGGCAAUUGCCAAGGAUGAAGGCUGGGCCAAGCACGAUGAGAUUGAUUACAAUGCCAAGCUCAAUUUGUCCGAUGACGAGAGUGUCGAUGGACCAAUGGAUUCCGGCCCGGGUCCAAAGCACGACCAUGGCAAGGACAAAGAGCAUCAGAACAAUCGACGUGCACAGCAAAAGGCAAUGGAUGAGGACAAUCGAGCUGUAUGGAAUCGUGAAAGGGAGAGGGAGAAGGAACGUGAGAGGAUGGAAUGUGAACGUAUGGAGAGGGAGAGGAAUGAGCGCAAUGAUCGUGAUCGUCAGCAGGAUCAUGGGCGUCCACAGCAGAAUGGCCAUCGUGGCCUAGAUGCUGAGACAGUUGAGCGUGUUCAGAGGCGAAUGGAGGAGGAGGAACGUCGGGCAUAUGAGAGAAAACAGGCAGCAGCUAAGAAGUUGCAGGAACUCGAACAGAAGAUGAUGAAGAAGAAUUCGGCCGAGAAGGAGAUGUUAGAUGUAUCUGGUGACAGUGCGGCCAGUGAUGAUCGUCGUCCUGGUAUGAUGAUAAGCUCUGAAGUGAGCAAUUUCCGGUCAAUGACACAAAUUGCCGAUGGUAGGUCAUUUAUGAAUCGUGAAAAGGAGAGACUACGCACCGAAAGGGAUCCAGACAUGAAGAUGUCACGGGAUUAUGGGCGAUAUGACAAGUAUGAGAGAGAUAUAAAUUCACGUGAGAGAGAAUAUAAGGAUAGUUCAGGUGGCUAUCGUUCGGGUGGUGAUCAACGUGAUCGUGAUGGCAAUGUGUUCUUCUCCAAACAAUUCAGGUCAAAUUUACCACCACGUUUUCAGAAUGCCGUUGCUGCCCCAUCUUCUGGUAACCCACCAGCUGGACCGGUGGGUGGUGGUGGGCCAGUCAGUGGUAGUGGUGGCGGCGGCGGCGGCGGUGGAACGGGAUCAACGUCAAGAAACACUGCCACAAACUAUUCAUCGUCAAAUGACGGCACAAGUAACAAAAAUAUUCCAUUUGCCCAACAGUAUGACAUUCGAUACAUCAAUAGUCAGAACUACGGUAAGCAGUCCACGGGGGCACCUCCGAAUCAGGCACUCAGACGAAAUGCCCCAUCAGGUCAGAUGGGCAGUAGCGGUGGCGGUGGUAGUGGUUCCAUGGGAGAUGACAAUAUGAGACGUCGACAGCGUGGAGAUUCCGAAGAUGAUGAUCGUUUUAGCAGUGGACGUGAAUCUAUUGGUCGUAAUUCCAUUGGGACACCACAAUUGGCCAGGAGUAUCUCCGAUUCGUCCCAGCGCAAAACCAGUGUAUCCAGUGAGGAACCACAGCGUGUUGAACGAUCAGAAUCCCGGGAAUUUACGCAACAGCCACCGAGUGUGACAUCUUGGGCAGAUGAACUGGAGAUUGCAGAAGGCCGGAAGAUGGCUGAAAUGUGUGGGAAUGUCAAUAAGACUGAUGAUGUUUGUGAGCAGUCUCAGCAUCUGGAAGACAUUCAGCCCAAGCAGAUACUUCAGCGUGUUCCAAAGUCAAUCACUCCAGAGAUACCCAAGGAUAAGGAGGAGAGUGACAAGGAUAGUGUUAAGAGAAUGUCCGAAAGUCCAAAGAUUCAGCAAUGGACGGAAGGUGGUGGAGUUGGUGAUGUAGACAAAGGUGGUAAGGAGAAGCAAGUUCAACUGGAGAAUAUUGCUGAGAAGAAGGAUGAAGGUGAAGCGAAGAAGGAAGAGAAGAAGGAAUCUACACCACCAACUGCAGAGGAUACCGGAAAGGGACAACAGAAUAAACGUCCAAGCCCAAGAGGUGGACGUGGUCACGAUGACAGAGAUCGUGGAGAUGUACGUGGACGAGAUGGACGUGAUAGAAGUGGCUACGGAUCAUCCAAUGUCUACCGCGGAAGCGGAGGCGGAAACUGGAACAGACGUGGUGGUCGUAUGGGACGGCAGUAUGGUGGAGAAUACUGGGCCCCAUCGGACGGCGAUGAUGAGGAGGCCGGUGAUGAGGAUUAUGGUCGUCGUGGAAAAGAUGGAGGAGCACGAGGUCGUAAAGAUACCGGUGGACGCAAUACUGGUUCUGGCGGGAUGAGAAAAGACGAAGGUUUUGUACCCCGUGGUGAACCAUCGCGACGUGGUCGAGGUGGAGGCUCAGCACCUUCGUUUAGGCGUGGUGUCGGUGGUAGUGGUUCCGGCGGAGGCGGUGGAUCUGGAGCACCCAAGAGAAUUGAUGGCUACGGACCACCGAGUUCCAAGAGUCCUUUUGGCACAUCUGACGAUAAGUCAUCAGCCAGUGAGGGUAAGGGUACUUCCGGCAAGGGAAUGUCUGCCGAUGAUCGUACCAAACUCAAUCAAAUGGCUCUGUCGGCUGCACUAACUGGAAAACCCAGUCAAAAGUCACCACAGCCCCAGAGAAGCAGUUCGGGUACGAUGAAACCACCAGGAAAGCCCAAUGAUGACACAUACGAAAGUGCAUCGGAUUUGUCAGAUCCGCAAUACGAGAAGAGGAAACAAAUGUCUAAGGGCAGUAGUACCAAGUCGGACAAGAAAGAUUCAAGAGGUUCAAGUGGUAGUAUCAAAAAGGACAGUCAAAUGACAAAAUCAAGUGAAUCUCAGCCAAGUGAUGAUGGGAAGAAAACAACAGGAUCAACUGGGCUCAAAAAGGAAGAACCAACCAAUCAACCACCUGGAUUGCAGAGAAGCAGUAGCGGACUGAGUGCUUCGAGUCGUAGUAGCAAUUCGAAGUACAAGGAGAGUGAGAAAGAUCGUGCUGUAGCUUCCAAAGGUGGUCUUCAGAAGGUGUCAACAGGUCCAUCAAAGGUUCCCUCAUCAGUUCCUCAAGGAACAUCCACUGCCCCAGCCAAUACCACCAGUUCUCAAGCUACACGGCGUGAUGACACGAAAAUGUCACAGUUGGAACGUGAUCGACAGUCAUCACUCAGGCAGAAGCAACUACCACCGAGAUUGGCGGCUAAACAGCGAGAGCGUCUACAGAGACCAGGUGAGACCAAUGGUAAUCCUGGUGGUGGUCAACAAGGUUCUGGUAAUGCAUGGGAGAAACCACUGCAGCAGGAAGUGAAAGAAGAUGCUACCGAAGGGGGAGAUAAGCAGAAUUCGGCAUCCUCCCAAGGAUUAGCUCAACAGGCUGGAUCUCAGCAAAAAACUGAUCCUAACAAAGCUAUGCUCGAUGGAUCAACCCCUCCGGUAACAACAAUCAUCUUCGAGAACACAAACUACAAACAAGCUCCACAGAUGCCGAUCAAACGCCAGGGAUCCGCUAAUGAUGGUGUCGGGAAGAAGCAGGAUGAAUCUGUAUUCAAAGGUCCUCCACCGACACAGCAACAAGUUGGUGAGAUGCUAGAUCAAGCGACUCGAGCUCAACAGCAACAGCAGCAGCAGCAACAACAACAGCAACAACAGCAUCAACAGCAACAGCAACAGCAGCAGCAGCAACAAUCACAAACCGAGUCAAUUUCAUCGGCACUCUCCUCGAUGAAUUUCACCAGUAAGAGUGAAUCGGAAUAUGAGAAAGAUAUGAAAUUGGCAUUUACAUUUGAAUCUGAGAUAUCCCAAUUGACAGAUGACAAGAGCACAACAACCCAAAAGAGUCUCAGUUCGAGUCUCUCACUGCCACGUUCAAUACACGGUGUUGCGGCUACACAGCCAAAUAACAGCACAAUAUCACCAUCUACGGCGGAUUUGAAUAUGAAGAUAGCAUCGGUGAAGAAGGUUUGGGAUCCAUCACCUUUUCUUGCUCCGGUACUUGAACAACCGUCAGCUGAUGAUGGUACAUUGAGCUUUGUGACGUCAUCGCAUCAACAACAUCUACAUCAGUAUACCCAUGGUAAUCUCGCCCAUGUGCAGCAUGCUCUAUCACCUGGACCAACGUACUCUAACACCUUCGGACCCGAUCCCACCACACUCGAGCAGCAUUUUGGCAAGAGUCAAGCUGAUGGCGUGGUGGAACAGGAUUCAGGUUAUAGUCCAAGUCCACAGCAUGUUGGUGGUGGUCAACAUGGGGUACAGCAUCAGAAUGCUGCAAAUAUGAGUCUCAAGCAUGCAGCCGAAGGACUGAGCAAUAGUGGAAAUGUGUGCAAAGUCAAGCCUACACAGCAGCAGAUGCAUCAGUCAGGCUUGGGUCUGUCCCCACCUCCGCUGCAGCCCAGUGCCCUUCAGGCAGCACCACAGACCUACUAUCAACCAUCGCAAUUUGGCGGUAUGUCGGCCAUUCCAUCACCACCGGCUGUUCUGUUUAAUUCAUCGGCAAUGCCAUCGUACGGACCAUUCCAGAUGGAGCCGGCCAAUCGGUCCCAAUAUUCACAGUAUCCCGGACACUAUGGUACAGCUGGCAAUGCACCCUAUUCAGCCUAUAUGCAGACAGCACCACCAAAUAUGCCAACAGCACCAGCACCUGACAUGUACCAAUCACUAACGUCACAAUUCCGAAUGGGAGGUGCUGUUCAGACACCAUUCAAUCAAUCCCAACAGCUCAAUAAUCCCUCCACUGUGCUGAUCUCCUCCUCAACAAAUUCCCUAAUGUCUGCCUCUGUUAAGCCGUCAUCGCAGCAAAUUGGUGCCAUUGGCAGUAAAACAGGUGCCGUCAAUCAACCACCGUAUCAGCAACAGUAUAUGGGCAUGUAUCCACCACAGCAAGGUCCACCCAUGCAGAGUAACAGUUAUUACAGUAAUUCAGCUGGUGGUCAGGGAGCAGCCUAUUUUGGGGCACCAUCUGCCGGAGCUACGCAAAACUAUGGCGUUCAAGCGGCAGCAGCUGGAAUGUUUGGUAGUCAUGGAGCUCCGGCCCCAAGUUCAGCUCCACCGCCACCGCAACAGCAAGUGGCUAGCUUUGGAUCGCAAUUUCUCAAUUCGCCCCUCCUGGCAGCCGCAGCCAUGAAUCAGCAGUACCGAGCGGGACCAACGCAGAUGACGGCAUACAUGAAUUCCAAGCAACCACAGAGUCACAUGCAGGAUCCGAGCGGACGGCAAUUGAAGAGUCCUCUUAGUAAUGAUGGUGGUUUGGGAGUCAAACAUCCUCCACCACAAUCCAGUCCUAUAACUUGGGAGCUUCAGCAUCAGCAGAAUCAGAGCACAAAUAGAGGCAAUGCUGGCAAUUUGAGCCGAAGUGGUGGAGGUGGUGGUCAAAAUCAGAAUCAAGGUGGACAACAGGGUGGUCAACCACCGCCACAGGGUCAACAGCAACAGCAGCCGGGUAGCGGAGGCAAUGCACCAUCUCAAAGGUAUCCAACUCCCAUUCAACGACCCACCAACUAUCCAAAUCAGUCUCAGGCGGGCGGAGGCAACCAACAGUCUCGUUCCGCUGGCGGAAAUCUACGUCAGCCACCGACUUCGGGUGGACCAUCAGGUGGGAAUCCCAACAAUAAGCACUUCUAUGGAGGGGGCGGUGGAGGCGGGGGCGGCAAUACUGGCGGCGGAAGUGGGUCAGGUGGAAGUGGAGGAGGAAGUGGUGGCAGCGGUGGAGCAGGAAAUAGAGGAAAUCAUGGUGCUUCCGGACAAGAUCAGUCGAAUGUCGUCAAACAAAUGGAAAGUGGUGUGAAUGUAUCACAAGAUGGUGGAGGCGUUCACAAGGAUGACAAGGAUUAGAGAGAGAGAGAGAGAGAUUUCUUUUAUUUCAUGCUGAGAAUUGCAACUUUUCUUUUUUCUAUUUUUGUUCUUUGUAAGAUUGUAGAGUGAGAUGAUAAACACAACAAGAUGAAAAUGUAACUGAGAAAAUAUUAUUUGAUGAUGAUGUAGACAGAAAGGAUGAAGAAAAUGUUUUAUGACUGAUGAAUGGAAAACAAAAUGAGAUGAAAAAGUUUGAAAAAAAAUGUUGGGAAAUACAGAGAAUUUUGAAGAGAAAAAUAAAAUAAAAUUAGUAAGAUUGAUGAAAACAGUGGAAAAAAAUAUAAAAUAAAAAUCUUUGUAUUAUUGUAAUACUGCUUUGAUAUGGAAGACACAUUACCUAUUAAAAAAAAGAAAUCUUUGUAGUGCUAAUAGGACAAUUUUUCACAGUUUCAUUGCAAAUUCUUUCAAAAAGUAAAUGUUUUACAACAAGAAAAAAAAACAGAGGAUAAAGAAAACUGUGUUUAGCGACUCGUGAAGAAAUAUUGAUUGUGUACGAAAGAGGUAGAUCUCUUUUGUAAACAAUGUAUCGCAGAAAUAAUUCAAAUAUACACAAGUUUAAAUGUAAUACUUGUCUUGCGCUGAAAGAUGGAUGACCAUUUUAUUUCUGAAGACGUUAAAAUAAACACAAAGUAGAAUCACUUAAACGCAAAUAGUGAUUAUUCUUUCCUUUUUUCUGUGUGUUUAUUUUGAAAAGAGAGAAAAAAAUGAAGAAAAUGAAUUUAAAAAAAAAUAUUUAAAAAAAAGUCAUGAACCUUAUGAGGGAAAGAGACAAUUUAGAAUUGAACUAGAAAUUGUUCAUCUUUCUCCUCGCCCCCCUCCUUCAAGAUUAUAUACAAGAAAUGUAAUUUUUACUAGACGUGCGAUUUAAUAAUAAUACAAAUAAUUAUUUAAAUCAACAAAAUAUCAUAUAGCGAAAUGGAUUUAUUAAAAAAAAAAAGGUAAGAGAGAUGAGGAGAAAUGAGAAAAUCACAAUAUAAUGAAUUAUUCUGUUUAGGAGUAAUGUUUCUUAGCGAUUUCAUACUUUAAGUAACGUAAAGUAGAAGAGCCCUCAAAGAGUGUAAAACCCAUUGAAGACAACAAGGAAAAAAUAUUUUAAAAAAUAAAUAAAUAUUGCUUCUUAACAGAAUUCAGAGACACAGAGGAUUACACAAGAAAAAAAUGACAAUUUUUCACUAAAAUUUUGUCAUUUGCGAUUUUUGGGAAAAGAGAGAGGACUUUCUUAACUAGAGAAGCGAUAAAAAAACUUACCUUUUCACCACUUUUCUUUCUGAAAUUGUAAGAGGAAAAAAAAAGAAAAUGAGUAAAGCUCACGGAGAGAAUGAGGAAAAAAAUGAAACUGAGACAAUGAGAUAAUUUUGUCCUAAAAAAAACUAAUUUACAACAUAAAUUAUUUUUUUGCAAAAAAAAAGAAAAAUAUUCUCAAAAAGAAUUGAGAAAAACAUGAUAAUUCAAGAAAAUUCUUCGUACGAGAAGAAUAUUUAAUUUUCAUCUGAAAAAAAAAAUUAAAAACAGUUUCUUCUUGAGGAAAAAAAAUAAUGGAGAGAUUUUCUUGAGAAGAUUUACAAUGUUGGAGUGACACAAAUGACUUCUAUAUUAAAAAAAAAAAAACAAAACAAGGGGGCGGAAAUACAAGUAAAAGAAAAUGAAUAAAAUAAAUAUUAAUAAUCUUAACUAUAUCUUUACAAUAGGAGUUUAAAACGAGAAAAAAAAUAUUAAUAAAAAUGCUAUAUAAAAAAAUAAAAAACUGAAUGGUAUUAAUCAUAUUUAUAAUUAAUUAAAGAGAAAUUAAAAAAAAAAACAACAAACAGAAA